UUAUUCUGGAUGUUUGAAAACUGAAUUAAGAAAAAUUCACUCAGAAGUUGGCUGAAUGUUGCAAGCUUGCAAAAUGGAAGGAUUUCCCCUCAUUCCCCCUCAACCCUCUGAAGAUAUGGUACCCUAUGAGUCAGACCUCUACCGACAGCCCCAUGACUAUUACCAAUAUCUCAACAGUGAUGGAGAGAGUCAUGGUGAUCAUUACUGGGAAUAUCAUCCACACCACAUGCACAGUGAGUUUGAGACCUUUGGAGACAAUCACUUCACAGAGCUGCAGAGCGUACAGCCUCCCCAGCUGCAGCAGCUGUACAGGCACAUGGAGAUUGAACAAAUGCAUGUCUUGGAUUCUGCAAUCCCAACCACACACAUCGGACUCAACCAUCAGGUGUCCUAUUUGCCCCGGAUGUGCCUACAGUACUCCUCUCCACCGCAGCCCAGUUCUGAUGAGGAGGACAUAGAGAGGCAGAGCCCCCCAUUGGAGGUAUCGGAUGGGGAGACUGAUGGCGUGGACCCUGGGCCUGGAAUUAUGCAUGGAGAAACAGGCAGCAAGAAAAAGAUACGUCUGUAUCAGUUCCUUCUGGACCUUCUUCGCAGUGGAGACAUGAAGGACAGCAUCUGGUGGGUGGACAAGGAAAAAGGUACUUUCCAGUUCUCCUCCAAACACAAAGAAGCAUUGGCGCAUCGCUGGGGCAUCCAGAAAGGCAAUCGCAAGAAAAUGACCUACCAGAAGAUGGCACGGGCUUUGAGAAACUACGGCAAGACAGGGGAGGUCAAGAAAGUCAAGAAGAAGCUGACCUACCAGUUUAGUGGAGAGGUGAUGGGAAGGGGGGUCACUGAUAGGAAGCAUUAUCCUCACUGAGGCCAUGGGACCCUAAGCAAGAAAAAUAUUAAGACCUCCUGGCUGGAUACCAGCAGAGGAGAUGGACGCAUCUUUCUCUUUGCUUCCUGUGCCUCCUUCUCUGCCUUUAAACGGCCUUUACCGUCAGAUGUUUCUGGUACGAAUUCCCUUCUUCAGCAUCUGAGAAUCCUAAACGUGACAGAAUUCUUUGCUUCCAUCCUACCAGUUGGACAGAGUUGGGAAAUUUAAACAAUGUACAAAUAUAUUAUUGUCAGGAAAGAUUUUUUUGAUUGUAUUGUAACUAAAGAAUACAGCUGAUGAAGUUUUGCCUUCAAAGGUGGUGCUGUGUCAUUCACAGUGACACUGCAUUAGCUUACAGCUUUCAAACUAGCAUUAAUACAGGCUCUGCCGCAGCUCUCAAAGCUAGAGAGAAGUUUGCAGAUCUUGGAAUGAUACUCGUUCUUUUAAAUAGUAAUAACAUGUACAUAUUUAAUAAAAUUUGAUAUA